GGAAGUUUCGAUACGAAAAUGUCUGACUAGUCCAUUCUGCGGAAAGAAAAAUCAAGAAAAUUGCAUAUAACUGAUUGCUGUUACGUAAUAUAAUUUUUAUUAAAAUUAUUUCGUGUCCACCAGGUCGGGAACCAAGAAAGAAAAUGACAGGAAGACCUAAGGGAAAUUCAGGAGUAGCUUUCUGCGUUACGCAUGCGCGUUCUAGCUGACACCGAGGUGCUGCAGCGGAGUUACGUCACGUGUAUCGGUGUGUACAGUGGUAUCACUGCCUGCCGUUCACGGCGAGUUAAAUCGCAGGAGAUUCGACUUUCCUGCAACCAUGUUACUCGAGUAUUUAAUAAACAACUGGAAGUACACGAACGCGCCCGAGGGCAAGCGUCCGUUCGAGAAGAUCGUCGGGCUUCUCAAGUUUGGGGUGCCCAGCAGCUUCCUCAUGGGUGCGUACGACUGUGUCAUCAUAUCGCAUACGCAGACCGUCUGGAGCACGGCCAACUGCAUGGCCUACUGGAUGGUGCCCGUCAACGCGAUGUGCGUCACUUUCGCAUCCGUAGCGUACGCGUCGGCCAGGAUCAGGCAAAAGGACGAUUACACGAAUUACGCGCUGGCUUCACUGGCUUGCGGUGGAAUCAUCCAUCACUGGAUGAAGAAUGGUUUCUUGUCUUGUUACUUCACCGUUGCGUUGCUCAUAUGCGCCAAGAUCAAGAAACAUAACGAGCUGCUUGGCAUCGAGCCUCUCCCGAUGGGCUAUUCCAGUGACAUCAUAAAUCGCCAGUACGAGAAAUAUCCUGAUUUUACCCUGACCAAGGACCCAAGGGGCCGUAGGCCCUGGGAGUGAUGAAAUUUGUUUUUUGUAUAAGCAGAAUAAAGGAUUAGUGUUGUUAAUACUUAAGGUCUUGUAAAAUAUAACUAACGUCAUCGAGGGGUGUUUCGAAAGGCACGUCUUUUGUUUCCAACAUGUAUUUAUUCAGACUCUAGUACAGGAAAUAAAAAGGACAAUGAAA